GCUCAUUUUUAGUGCGAUAGUUGAAUCUAAAACAACGAGAAAUAAGAAGUGCUAUAAUCAAAACUUGGAUAUAUACUUGAAUGUUUACGUAAAAUUAUAAAUAUUGCACAAAUUAAGACAAAAAUAAAAUUGUUUAUCAUAUAAACGCAAUUCCAAAAUAAAUAUGGUCAUGGAAAUGUCCAAAACUUAUCAAUAUCGGAAGGUUAUGAAACCAUUGCUUGAACGUAAACGUCGUGCACGCAUUAAUAAGUGUUUGGAUGAUCUUAAGGAUCUUAUGGUGGAAUGUUUACAACAGGAGGGUGAGCAUGUAACACGUUUAGAAAAAGCUGACAUACUGGAACUAACUGUAGAACAUAUGCGUAAACUGAAACAGCGUGGCAGUCUGUCUUUGCAAACGCCAAAUUCCAAUGCACAUGUUGAAUCCUUUCGAUCAGGCUAUGUUCAUGCUGCAGACCAAAUAUCGCAAGUAUUGGUGCAACAACGACAAACUGAUGAAAUUGGUGGAAAAAUAAUGAAGUUUCUCUCGUCGCGUUUAAUUGAAAUGCAACAUCAAUUGCUGCGUUCUACAAUGAUACUACCACAACAAAUACCGUCGGUAAAUACUACAAACAAUGGAGAGCCAAAUUUGCCAGCUACGACACCAAAUUUGUUCGCAGAAUUUAAAAGUGAUAUGUUUAAAUCUGAACAAAUAAAGUAUCAGCAUAUGAUAUAUAAAAAUAAUUAUGAUUUUAUAAAUGUCAGUGCAAAUGAGUCUCAAGGAGCAACAGAUAAUAGUUCGGAUAUUUCAGUAGAUGAUUUAAGCAAUGCAGAUACUGUUUGGCGUCCUUGGUGAACUAAUUUUUAUACAUAAUUUAAGUUUAGAUUUUAGUUUAAUCAAAGAAAAAAGAAUUUCUACAAAAUCAACAAAAUCAAUUGUCUUCCUCAAACCAAAAAUGACAAUGAAUAAUAAUUUUAAUUCAAGGCAUUUUAUUAUAAAGUUGGCUUUAUAUUGUACCUGUGAUAAUAAUAUAAAAAUAUUUUAAUUUAUUUAAUUGCAUUUUAUUUUUUAAUAAUAAUACAUGUUCUGUUAAAGUUUCAGUUUAAACUUAUUGUAAAAUAUAAAUAAAUAUAAAUUUAUGGUAUGCAAAGCUUUAAAUAAAAAAA